UUAGUGCCGUCGUCCAAAGCCCUAACCUGCUGAGGACGUAAUGUCUAUGAUACGCCGCGUGAUACUUGGUCGGCGGCCAUACAGGACGGCGGUGCCAAGAAGAGCCAAGGACGUAAUGUCAAAUCCAGAUUGCCGACCAAUCACUCUAGGUUUCAGAGUGUGGUACCUCAUCGCCUCCGUUGGCGACCUAGACACGGCGGCGGAGUACGCUCGUUUGGCUGCAUUCAGUAGAAUAAAAGGGGAAGCGACGGAGAGUACAUGUGAAUUAAUCAUCCGAAGCAUGUGUCUGCAUAAAAGGCACAAGGACGCGUACGAUCUCUACGAUUUCUUCUUCAACAAGCAUAAGCUUAUACCCACCAACAACUGCUGCAACUGCAUCAUCGAGUCUCGUUUUCAACAAGGUCUUGUUGACGAAGCUCUUGAUUUCCACCGAUCCAUCAUAUCCCGCGGUUACCCAAACGAGGAUACUCUCAGGGUCUUGACCAAAGGGUUAGUUCAAUGCGGUCGACUGGACCAAGCCAAAGCAUUUCUUAAGGCCGAGAAAUUCCCGUAUAGCAACCGGCCUGAUCACGUGGCGUUCAACAAUCUGAUUCAAGGGUUUUUGGACAUUGGGAAUUUGGACAAGGCCAAUCUUGUCUUGGACGAGUUCAAACGGGCUUGGUCUGAUUGGUCUGAUUUUGCCCUUUCCUGGCAUAAACCUAAUUCUCUCUCUUUACAAUAUGAACAAAAGGUGGCUUUCCUCAUGACGACAUUCAUGGAGUACUGGUUCAAGCAAGGUAAAGAGAUGGAAGCUAUGAAGUGCUACGAGCGUUGUGUGGUAGCAAACAAGCUCCCUGUUCGUUCAGACACUGGCAGCGCCCUUUUAAAAAUUUUGCUCAAGUACGGUAAAAAAACUCAUGCUUGGGCACUGUACCAUGACAUGUUUGAUCAAAGUCAAAGUGGGAUAAGUUGCCUACGCUUAGACUCUGGCACGGUUAAGAAAAUGGUGGACGAGUGUUUUGAUAUUGGUCGGUGUAGCCAGGCAAUCGAGACCUACAACAAGGCGAGAACCAAUAACAAAUUCUUAGAUAACACAUACAUUAUCACAAGGUGUUGCGAAAACGGCAUGUUGUCGGAAGCAGAGUCUCUGUUUGCUGUUUCACUUGGUCGUGGUUUCGGCGGCGCUGACGUUGCCAUUUUCAAAACAAUGAUCGCUUCAUAUCUCAAUGCUGGUCGAGUCGAUGAUGCUUUAAAGACCUCCAACAUGAUGAUUGAUUCGAGUCUAAUAGAGGUCUCCAAACUGUUUUGACUAUGUUCUUCAUCACCUGCUUGCUCUUUUUUUUUAUUGUCCUUUAUCUUGUUCUCAAGAUAUAUAUGUCUUGGAUAUUUUUUUGUAUUCUUUCUUUAGUUGUUUUGGAUCGUGAAUCAACGUACGUAUGAUCCUCCAUUUAUUUUCUU